UCUCGUAUGUUAGUAUAUAACUAGACGAAAUGUAUCUUAAAGUAUUGUCACUUUACUUGUGCCUUUUUUAUAAUAUGCUAUCAUAUAUAGCUGAAGCAUCUCGUAAGUUUGUGCAUCGGACAGAUAUUUCGGAGUAUUGCAAGCGCAAAGUUGCACCUUCCGUGUUUUUAGGACAACGUAUCAUGGACGUUAAUUCUUAUGUUAUUCAAUUAUCUCGUCUAGAGGUGCCAUAUAGUUGUUCCUUCAGUGUAAGAGCAGAAUCCGGUUAUAACAUAAUUCUGGUUGUUCAAAUGCCGUCAGAGGCAAUUUUGUUCGAGGCCUGUGCCAUGAGUGGUGAACAAUUAGUUGUUUAUGACUUCGGGGAAACUUUCGGCGGCUACUGGGGACUGAUUCCGCAAGCGCUAGUUCAACAGCCUGUUAGGAAUUACACUCAGUUUUACACGUUAAAAACUACAAAACCACCGACUUUAAGAACCCGUAGACGUACAACAACUAGAGGGAUGAUUUUAACGCAAACAGAGACACAAAGUACGGUUCAAGAGGAGCAAUUUUAUACAAUAGAAGUACCCAUAGUGAAUGUCUCCGGAAACUUCCAAUUAGGGCCGCAGCGUGAAACGCAAGACUCUGACGAACUCUUCGAUUUCAUUUAUGACGUCACUCCUAGGAAAGGAACUGAAUAUGAAACAAGUAUAAUGCCGUUGGUACAGUUCUCAUUACGACCACAAGUAAAUAGUUACGGUGGUGGAGAGGUCCGCUACGAUCUCGACUACCGCGUGAGAGAAUUUACAUUGGAUCCUCGGUUAAUGUUCAAUACUGCUAAGAAAAAGAAAACGUCCAGGAGGAGAGAUUGGAAAGCGAAAAAAAUAUAUCGUCACAAAAAAAAAAGUACCGUCAUGUUUUUAAGACCAAACACUGCAAAUUACAACAUGAAACCGUUUACGGAUAGAUCAUUAAAAAUCAACACAGAAACCCUUCUACCUACUAUCCAUUCAAAGUAUUAUACAGAUUCACAUCAACUGCUUCAUGGUAUUAUGAAUUCACUGAACAGUACUACUAUUGAAAGUACAAUCUUCCAAAACGAAAGUAUUCGCGAACUGUUGAGUGCUAUAUCUAAUAUAAAUCACAACUCUAGUGUGUAUUUAGCUCCAAAUAUAUCAGCAUAUAACAUAAUGGGAAUAUUAACAACGGAAGACAAAAAUAUACAGCCGUCGUUAUAUUCAAAUUUUCUUGAAGAUACAUCCGGUGCAAUGGAAUCAGAAAAAGCUAAACCUGAAACAACAGCGACUUUAGACGUGAAAUAUGAAACAAAAUCUGGCUUGGAAAGGUCUUCAAGACUGAACGAAUUAAAUACCGACUCAGAACAUAUAUUUGAAACAGAAACAUCUAUAACAAAUAAUUUUAUACAUACAAAUAAGGAACUGCUUGAAAAUCAUAAGAAAAAUAUUAUGGACUCUAAUAUAAAAGGAUCCAAUAUCAACAGUGUUAAAGAAAAUCUAAAUACAACAACUAUCAAUAAUAAUCAGAUACGCGACCCAACGAGAAGAUCUGAAAAAGGGGCGUUGGUUGGGCAUGAGUCAUGGGAAAAUAUAGUUCAAGUUGCACCAGUGAUGGCCGUUGUGUUAAAUAAAACCGAUAACAAAGCUGUUAAAGAAAGGAAAAAGAAACGGCACAUACAAUCGCUGGAGGUAGACGAUUCUAUUCCACGGAACGUGACCAGGAAACCGGUGAUGAAGACCAAAGCGCCGGUCCUCGAUGAUGUACAGGAAAUUGUCAGGAUUGUUGAAUUACAAGACGACGAGAUAGGAAGUCGUGUAGUACUUCGCUAUUUACGUCAAUAUGUAGGACCAGCGCUAUUUAAUUUAUGCGACUACCGCGAGUCAAACAAAAGGCAGAUAUUUCUCUUCAAUUCUUCUAGAAUCGUUAUAUCCAUCAGCAAUUUCACGCUAGAUCAAAUGAUGUUGGUUCUGACACCAGCUCAGACCCUCAUGAGCGGAGCGCCGCGGUGUCCCUCGAAUCAGCUCGAGUGUCAGAUAAUCGGGACUAGAGUAUGCAUAGACUCAUUGAAUACAUGCGAUGGUGUUCCUAAUUGCGGUUCUAAUGGCUUUUCUUAGAGUCGGUCAUGCGUUCUCCGAAUGACAAUGAUGAUCCAUUCAAUAAACACGCAUAUCCAGGACAUUACUUUGAAGAUGAUGGUUUUUAUGAAGAUUUUUACAUGCGGAGAAAAAUAAAGGGAAUUUCUGUACGAAAGCAAUUAGGGCUUGUCUGAGGAUCCUGCA